AGAGAGAGAGAGAGAGAGAGAGAGAGAGAGAGAGAGAGAGAGAGAGAGAGAGAGAGAGAGAGAGAGAGAGAGAGGAAAGGACAGGCUGCAGUUGGGAGCCUCCUCCAGUGAUCACACACCUCCUCACAUGACAGCAGCACCUCCUCGCUCUGCAAGAUGACUUCGUUUAGCACGCGGGCGUUGACGCUGCUGUCAUCCAUAUUUGGAGCAUGCGGGCUGCUGCUGGUGGGCGUGGCCGUGUCCACAGACUACUGGCUGCUGAUGGAGGAGGGCGUGGUCCUGCAGCAGAACCAGACCACCGAGGUCAAGAUGGCGCUGAACUCGGGCCUGUGGCGUGUCUGCUUUGUGGCGGGACCCGAGAAGGGCCGCUGUGUGGCGUCUGAGUACUUCAGUGAGCCAGAGAUAGAGAUCACCACAGAGAACACGGCCAACAUUCUCAAAAUGGUGCGGACGGCAACGCCCUUCCCUGUGGUGUCGCUGCUCUUCGUCUUCAUCGCCUUCGUCAUCAGCAGCAUCGGACACAUCCGGCCUCAACGGACAAUCCUGGCCUUUGUCUCCGGAAUAUUCUUCAUCCUGUCUGGUCUGAGCCUGGUGGUCGGCCUGGUCUUGUACAUUUCCAGCAUCAAUGAUGAAGUGAUGAAUCGACCCAGGGAGGCCGAACAGUUCUUCCACUAUCGUUACGGCUGGUCCUUCGCCCUCGCCGCCUCCUCCUUCCUGCUCAAAGAGGGUGCAGGCGUGAUGUCGGUGUACCUUUUCAUGAAGCGCUAUGCGGAGGAGGAGAGCUACAGGCCGCACCCCGCGCUCUACCGCCCCCGCAUGUCUGACUGCAGCGACUACAGCGGUCAGUUCCUCCACCCCGACUCAUGGCCGCCGCCUCAGCGUGGUCGCAGCCCGUCCGACGUCUCCUCGGACAUCUCCAUCCAGCUAAACCAAGCCACGCCCUCUCGGGCCCAGGCCGCCCGGGCCAUGUUCUCCUCCUCCUCGGGGCCCUCGUCUUCCGCCAGCUACCACUUCCAGCCCGCCACUUCCUACCCGCACCCUCUCCAUCAGUCCGCCACAUCCACCCUGCCGCGGGCGUCCCACCCACCUAUGGGCUACCACCUGCCCCAGUCCCUGCCUAUGGCGGCGCCGCCCGCCGCUGUUCUUCCGCCACGUUACCACACACACAUGCGGCUUAGCGCCUCGCCAUGCUAGUCUGCGUGGGAGAGGCAGCGUGCACGCACACACACACACACACACACACACACACAGUUACACACUCUGUCACUGCGUGGGAGGAGCAGAGCAAAAUGAGGAAAUACAAGAGGGAGGGGCAGGUGGGCGGAGAGAUAGAUUACCGCCGCCGAGACGAAAACGUUCACAAGGAUGGACGCCUUCAUUAUUACACACUGGAGACAGGAAGUGGACUUUUCUCAUUCAGAACUUUCAUCAUCAUCAACCUCAUAAUAAACACAUUUUCAUCCUCACCCCGAUGAUCAUCACGUCUGCAUCCAGGCUUUACGAGGGGACUUCAGCAGGGACCCUAUUGAUGAGGCUGAAGUCAAAGGUCAAAUCAGGGAUUAUUACUUUGAAUGGACAACGCUGGAGCCAGCUGGGGUCAAAGGUCAUCCUGGCAGUAGCAAAACACACACUGGUAAAGAGGUGUAAGGUUUUUUUUUAAUGUCUUUUACUUCAACAUGUUCUCUUCCGUCCAGUCAUGUGAGUGGGAGCUCAGAGGUCAUGUGUGCGUGGCUGUUAAUAAAGAGGCUGACAAAGAUCAUAUUAAUCAUAAUUACACGUGUCGUCAUCAUUGAAGCGCAUGUAGAAGGUGUAAAAAAUUAUACUUUUUGUUUUAGUCCCACAAUAAUGUGACGAAAUCUCCUCAUUAGCAGUGGAGAGAGCCAGCUCCAGCUCGUGGUGCCCAAGACCAGACUUAAAUCCAGGGGAGACAGGGCCUUCUCUGUGGUCGGCCCUACGCUCUGGAACACUCUGCCCCUCCAUGUUCAAACCGCUCCCACAGUGGAGUGUUUUAAGUCUCGUCUUAAGACCCACUUUUAUUCUUUGGCUUUUAACACUACGUGAGUUGUGUGGUCCUCUGUCAUAAAUUUUGAUUUCUAUUUACUGUUUUAAUUGUUUUUUCCCUUUAAAAUCGUUUUUAAUAAUAUUUAUUUUUAUAUUGGUUUUAUAUUGAUUUAUUUUUUGUUUUUAUUCAGUCAUUGGUGGAGCUAAGGAUAUUAUUUGAACAUUGUUUUUAAUAUUGUUUUUAAUAUUGCUGUGCAGCACUUUGGAAACAUGUGUGUUGUUUAAAUGUGCUAUAUAAAUAAAGUAGAUUGGAUUGGAUUGGAUUAGAAGAGGACAUCUUUAGUGA